AUGAGCUCGACCUCUGCAUCCAGCGGCUCCUCGGGGCUUGUUCUGCACCACCUCGAGCUGAGCCGCUCGAACCGCAUCCUAUUCCUGCUCGAGGAGCUUCAGGUGCCGUACGAGAUCAAGCACUACAAGCGCGACCCUGUGACUCGUCUUGCCGGUGACGACCUGAAGCAGGUGCAUCCGCUCGGACGGUCUCCCGUGCUCACGGAUGGGGCGCUGACGAUCAUCGAGACGAAUGCGAUCAUCGCGCAUCUGCUCACGCACUACUACGACGCUGCGCGCGUGGCGUUGGGUCCCGGGCUGGGCGAGAAGAUGCAGGCGAGCGUGGACGUGGGCGGGUGGAUCCAGUUCAGCGAGGCGUCGAUCAUGCUGCAUGCCAUCCCGCUGUUCUACGCGCUCAAGUCCGGUGCUUGUACUCAGGAUGGCUCGGCUGGGAUUGAGCGUGCGUCCGCGCGCGGAAUCAAGGCGGACCUGGCGUACGUCGAAGAGACGCUGCAGCAGAACAACGGUCAGCUCGUCAAGGGGCACGGGUUUACAGCUGCCGACUGCGCCAUGCUGUACAGUGUGGACAUGCUCGCGCACAUUCUCGCCACCCGCACCCCCGAAUGGCGUCAGAAUCUCGGCCUUGAGGUAGGACCGGCCACACUCGCGUGGAUGUCGCAAUGCAAACAGCGCGCUGCCUUCCAAGCUGCAGUCCGCAAAGAGGGGCACGAGGGUCAAGACUGGCUGUCCAGCUUCUUCGCCCGGCCCGCAGCAGCACGAAAGAGCGUCUUCCGGCCGUGCAUCGACCUGCACGAGGGCGUAGUCAAGCAGAUCGUCGGCGGCACGCUCAGCGACACGAACUCGACGCUACGCACCAACUUUGUCGCGACCCACUCGCCCUCUCAUUUCGCCUCGCUGUACCGCGACCACAAGCUCACGGGAGGACACGUGAUCAAGCUGGGUCCGCGCAACGACGAAGCUGCCACCUCUGCGCUCUCCGCCUGGCCACAGGGCUUGCACGUUGGAGGCGGAAUCACGGGGGAGAAUGCGCAGGAGUGGUUGGACAAGGGGGCUGAGAAGGUGAUUGUGACAUCGUGGCUAUUCCCUUCGUGCGAGUUUUCGCUGUCUCGGCUGGAGGAGCUCAGCCAGCGCGUGGGGAGGGAGCGGCUGGUGGUGGACGUCAGCUGUCGCAAGCGCGGCGAUCGGUGGGUGGUAGCGAUGAACCGCUGGCAGGACAUGACCGACAUGGAGGUGAACAAGGCUUCGCUGGAUCUGCUCGCUGCCCACUGUUCCGAAUUCCUCAUCCAUGCUGCCGACGUAGAAGGCUUGUGUCAAGGUAUCGACCAAGACCUCGUCCAAAAGCUGGGUGAGUGGGUGACGAUCCCCACGACGUACGCUGGGGGUGCACGUCAUAUGGGCGACCUCCAACUCGUCGACCGUCUGAGCAAGGGCAAGGUCGACCUCACUUUCGGCAGUGCGCUCGACAUUUUCGGCGGUCAGGGCGUCACCCUCGACGAGCUUGUCAAGUGGAACCACGCCGCCACCAACAUCCGCGGAGCGGCACAGCAUGGAUUGCACGUCCGACAUGGAAAGCCGAUGCUGACGUCGGGAUGUGCCAACGACGGCCGUCUCCGAGGCUUCGAGGAGCUCGAGAUUGGCCGGUGCGGACCCUGGAUUGCUCGCAGCACUGUCGUCAUGGAAGCUCGCGCGCUUGCUGUCCGAUCAGACCGGCUGCAACUUUGGAUCCACGCACGAACCCACGGCCAGCACACGCGUGCAGCCAACAGAUGUGACCGGUUGGAAGGAAGGGAUGCGACGAGCACCGCACAGGGCACUGCACCCGUCGCCGGGGCCACCCUCUUGGAAGUUCGGCAGAGUAAGCGCCGCCACGUCCCCAGCGCAUCGCCCGUCGAGCAGAAAUGCACCGCCUGCACCGCCGAGCUGCACUGCCAGUGCUGCCCCACACUAGCCAAAAUGGAGGACGAAGUCGCUGCUGUAAGUGUUUUCCGUCUCACGUCUGAAGGCUCGGGCAUCGGCACUGCAAGGCGCAGUGCGCUCGUUAUCGACAAUGGUUCCGGCAUGUGCAAGGCCGGUUUCGCCGGUGACGAUGCUCCGCGCGCCGUGUUCCCCUCGGUCGUCGGUCGCCCCCGUCACCAGGGUGUGAUGGUCGGCAUGGGCCAGAAGGACUCGUACGUCGGUGACGAGGCGCAGUCGAAGCGUGGUAUCCUCACGCUCAAGUACCCCAUCGAGCACGGUAUCGUGACCAACUGGGACGACAUGGAGAAGAUCUGGCACCACACCUUCUACAACGAGCUGCGUGUGGCACCCGAGGAGCACCCCGUGCUGCUCACCGAGGCCCCGCUCAACCCCAAGGCCAACCGCGAGAAGAUGACGCAGAUCCUCUUUGAGACGUUCAACGCGCCCGCCUUCUACGUUGCCAUCCAGGCCGUGCUCUCGCUGUACGCCUCGGGUCGUACCACGGGUAUCGUGCUCGACUCGGGUGACGGUGUGACGCACACUGUGCCCAUCUACGAGGGCUACUCGCUGCCCCACUCGAUCCUGCGUCUCGACCUUGCCGGUCGCGACCUGACCGAGUACCUGGCGCGCAUCCUCACCGAGCGCGGCUACCCAUUCACCACCACGGCCGAGCGCGAAAUCGUGCGCGACAUCAAGGAGAAGCUCUGCUACGUGGCGCUGGACUUUGAGCAGGAGAUGCUCACGGCCACGCAGUCGUCUGCGCUCGAGAAGUCGUACGAGCUGCCCGACGGCCAGGUGAUUACGAUUGGCAACGAGCGCUUCCGCACGCCCGAGGUGCUGUUCCAGCCUGCCUUCCUGGGCCUCGAGGCUGCGGGCAUCCACGAGACGACGUACAACUCGAUCAUGAAGUGCGACCUGGACAUCCGCAAGGAUCUGUACGGCAACAUUGUCAUGUCGGGCGGUACCACCAUGUACGCCGGCAUCUCGGACCGCAUGCAGAAGGAGAUCACGGCGCUGGCGCCUUCGUCGAUGAAGGUCAAGAUUGUGGCUCCUCCCGAGCGCAAGUACUCGGUGUGGAUCGGUGGAUCGAUUCUGGCGUCGCUCUCGACGUUCCAGCAGAUGUGGAUCUCGAAGCAGGAGUACGACGAGAGCGGACCCUCGAUCGUGCACCGCAAGUGCUUCUAA